CAUGUUUACCUCAUGGUGCCCAAUAGGCUAUCAAGGUGAUACCAAGGGAGCUGACGGCACUGACAAUGCUAUAAGCAACAACAAAGGUGCCACUGAUAAGCAAGUCAAGGAACACCUCAAUGGACUCUUCUCCCUAGUACAGGGACUAGGUGGUACUGCAGUGGUACGGACCUACAUAGACCAGUUGGCACAGGUACUCAGUGCACUAGUUGGGUGGAGUAGUAUAGAGAAGUGUUGGAGCAAUGGUGAGUGCAAGAAGGUUCAUAGCAGCGAUCUCAAUGGCAAUCCGCACGGUGGCAGUGGCUGCAAGUAUCUAGAGGAUAAAGACUCGGAGAACAAGUGUGGCACGUGUGGGUGUAUGAAAUAUGUAGUGAUUAACGGCACCGAUUGGGUACAACUGGGAAGGGGGUGUACAAGGUGUAAGGAUAGUGGUAGUGAAGACGAUAAGAAGAAGCAGGAGUGUAAGUGUGGUACUGGUGGUGGCGGUUGUAGUGCUGGCGAGGAGUGCAAAUGUGCUCUAGCAGGCAAAUGCUGCAAGUGUUGUUGUACGGAUUGUAGGGGGAGGUGUAAGGAGGAGUGUAGUUGUGAUAAGGAGAAGAGCAGCAAUGGCACCUACAAUGAGGAAUACAGAAUACAUAGCUAUACAUCGGCAUAUCCAUACAAGCCAAUUCUGAUAAAAGAUUCGUACGUUGAAUCCAAGCGAGUAGAUGUCAAACCAUAUUGGAAAGAUUUGACAGACCUUCCAGAUUACUACCCAGGUAGUGCCUCAAGUAGACGCCACCACUGUGCCCGUAUCCUCCUAGGCUCAGUAUGUCUCAUUUGGAGUGGAAUUACUUAUAUGCAUUGGACUGGUAAAUGGCACAUUACUAGUCCUUACUGGAAUAAUCACAUCCUGGACGGUAGUAGUCUAGAUGAUGGGAGUUUAUCUCAGUGGUUACAGGCCCUAGGGUUUCCUAAGGAUAUGCUGAAUGACAAAGGGCCGAAAAAUAGAUUAGAUCAGGUUAUAUGGGAUGGGUUCAUGGGAAAACUGUUUCUAGGGUUUACUCACCCUAAGGGUAGUAAUGCCGUUGACGGUAAUACAGCAAAACAACCGUACGAUAUGAAUUACGCCGGAUUUGUACAUACUGCACAUAGGGAUUCGUUCAACAAUGAAGCUAGAGUGUUCAAGAAUGGUGACGACUCUAGUACUAGUGACAUUGACCAGAACAAGAUCGGUGCCAUUUUCAAGCUCUAUAUUAUAUCAUGUGCCUAUUUUACCGGGUUACAGAAAAGGACUACAGAGAGUACUCCAAGGACUCCCAAGACAAUCCGUGAGAUCCUAUACUGGCUUAGUGCAUUGCCCUAUAGUUCGGCAUAUAAGGAUAUGCUAGGUUACGCUAAGGAAAGACUAGCAGAAGUACUCAAGAAACCCGGAGACAAUGCAUCCACGACCGAGCAGUCCGAACUGAAUUUCCACCAGACAGGCCGUUGGCAUCCCAUUACAGUUCAUCAAUAUAACCUCUUUGCCCACUUCCAGGCAGUGACCCAGUAUUGCCCAUUGGUCCUCAUAGGUAUACAGGGUGGACUACAUAGUACUGACAGUACUACUCCUGCCAUUCAUGCCCUGUAUGCUAACACGGAGUGUAAUUUCACCUAUCCCACUGUGUCCAUCCAAGCAUACAACCAGGUGGUUCACUACAUUAGGGCUCUGUUCUACCAACUCUAUUUACUUAGGAAGCAGUGUGCAGUGAAAGUUGCUAUGGGAGGGAAGUGGAGAGAGUGUAGGUAUGGUAAGGAUGUGGUGUCCAAGGGGGUUAUCAGUUGGAUGUGCCUGGGGUGUAACCCCAUGGAGCAUGAUAGGAAAAGUAGGGUACAGAAGGUAAAGGGGGUGUUGGAUGGGAUGAAGACAGGUAGUGAUGCAGUAGUGAAGUCUCUAGUGGAUGUGUUGAAGGAUAUAGGGGAUGUAGUAGUACAAUUGGGUAAUGCCCAGGAGGUAUUGGAAAAGGAUAUUAAGAAUGAGAGUGUGGCAGUCGACGCACUAAAGAAAGUGUCAGGAGGGAAUGGGAAGAAUGGUAAUCUACAUACGGUAUUAGAGGCGGUACUAGAGGAGGUGAAGGAGAAGGUGACGGCACUAGAGGGGGUGGUGGAGAAGGUGAAUGGACUAGAGGGGGAGAAAAAGAAGGCACUUGAGAAGGCUAAAACGAAACUAACGGAGGCUACGACAGCACUAAAUACGGCUAAGGAAAUGGUGAAGCAAGGCGAUAAAAAAGACAAACUUAAUGCUGCUCAUCAUUGGAUACGUCAAGUUGUAGAAUCAUUGCUUAUAUUGAAGGAUUGGUGGAAUAACAUAAAGACAAACGGAUGCCAAAAGCAUCUGCAGGACGACAUUGCGAAUGCCAUAGACAACAUGGAAGACAUUGUAGGCAGCACUAGAUGUGCCCCGUGCCACGACCAUUCCACCAAGUGUGGCCAAAAGCCAGAGUCCAGGCACUGUGAGAAAUGCCACCAACAAUACAUGGAUGGUUUCCCCUCCCCCCUCCAGGCAUUCCUCGAGAAUAGAUUGCCAGGCUUUAGUUGUGAGGUAGUACGAAACACUGACACAGACAACGACACGCCAGAGUACCCACCCGCUGCAUCCCACUUAGGACACUGUGGUGGUUCCGGCCAAUGCUGUCCACUGCCAAUGGGUUUCAGAGGGAAUUUCCACAGUGGCAGCACCAGUGAUAUGACUGGCCAACGCCUUUAUGGCAUCCUCUACUUUUUCAGUAACGAGCACAUGAUGCAAUCUUGUGCCUAUAGGCUAGUCAGGGUUACUUCCGCACUCAGUGCUACGACACCACAGGUAUUGGGUGAUGUAUUCGGGUUCUUUAGGGGUGGUGUAGGAAAUCCAGUGAAAGGAGAGAACCAGAAGGGACAGAAAAACCAACAAUGUGGACACAUUGGGUCAUCAUCUGAGAAGGAGCAUGAAGACAAGUACUUCUGUGGCUGGUGCGCUUCUGGGUUACGGGAUGUAGUGAAAGAGAUAGAGUGGAUCCAAAAGGUAGUGGGUGGUGACGACUACAGAACGAGUGUAGGACAAGCACUGAUAAAUAUUAAAGACGACAAGGACAGUGCUGCUACUGCCAAUACUUCCCUCUCAACACUCACUGACAGUAACCACUACGUAUCCCCCCUAACCGGUGAACUCUAUACAGCAGUGAGUGCCACUUUCGGUGGAACAUACCUCUCAUGGGUACUGUAUCUAUCAGAUGCACUUCAUUCAGGACUAGAGUCACUCUCUGAGGCAUUCCGUAAUAUUGAAUGCCGGGGAUGUAAAGGAUGUGACCCCAAUAAGUGCAGAAAGGGAAGUCAUGGUGAGACGGGCAAUGCACAAUACAUGGUUUCAGCUACGGUAACCCAUUCAACCUGGAGGGGUACCAGCAGGAGGGGGAAAAGAAUGGAGGGAGAUUAUAGUAUUGAGAAGAAGGAGAAUGGGAAGAAGCAGUGUCACCAAUUCUUGGACAGCUUGAAGAAGGUAAUAGAGAGCACUGAGAAGGCCACCUCUCAGAAGGACCACCCCCUCAGCAACCUACUUACCCAGGUUGGCCAGCUCCAAUACGACAUACGGCUCCCCUGGAUCUUUGUGCUGACCGCAGACUGGCUAGUAGCGGUACUCUACCUCGCAUUUGGUGCCUUAUGGCCACUGGACUGGACAUAUAUGAGGUCACAUUGGUUACGGGGUGGUGAGCACCAGUGGCAAUGUAUGUGGUAUAAGGUGAUGACGGGACGGAGGGGGGUGGAUCUGAUGGAGUAUUUUGGUAGGAUGUAGUGGCGACGUAGUGGCGCCUUCGGCGCAACGGUGAUAUAAUGUGGUAGUUA